AUGUCCGACCUCAAGAGAAAGCGCGCUGCGUCAGAGCCAGCUGACGAUGUCUCCGAGCCUGUCACGCUUUCAAAGCGUGCCAGAUCGGUCGAACCAGAAAUGAUGGUAUUCCAUCAAGUCAAGUCCUCUCCUCCAGCCAAGGAGGCUUCCCCGGCCAAGUCCUCUUCCUCUGCCGAGCAAUCUCGCGGCACGAAGAGAAAGCACGUCACCCCACCCUCCUCCCCUCCACCAGUCAAGCCAGCCAACCAGGACCUUCCGGACUGGUGGGUGUCCGGCAGCGACGACGAAGAUGAAGAAGAGUCGGACUCCGAGUACGAGCGACCAGCCAAGAAGAAGGCUCGGAAGACCGCCCCAGAGAAGCGCCCAGAGUGGUUCCUCCACGACGACGAAGAGAACGAGUGGGAAGAAGAGUUGCGCACCAGCGAAGGUGAAUCCGAAGAUGAAGAUGAUGAAGUUGAAGGCCAAGUGUCUCUCUACGACCGACUUGCAGGCAACAAGCAACUUGCUCAGCGCGGCGACGAUUAUGGCGAGGAAGGCAGCGAAGACGACGAUAGCGAGGGCGGUGGAAAUGCGCACGACUUCUACGGUGAAGAUCCUGACGCAAAGUAUUCUAUGGAAGAGGCGUACAAGCGAAAGAUCGAGCGCGAUGAUCCCAGCUACGACAGUGACUUCGUCGCCGAAGAGGUCUCGAGCGGUGGAAAGAUCAACAUGCCUGAUUACAAGUCAAUGGAGAAGAAGGACAAGGCCCCAGAGGUCAUUACGAAGGCUGAAGAUGAAGAGAAGAAGGCAUGGAAGGCUUUGAACGCUCAUGUCGCAGAGCAAGUCGUCCCGGAUGCAAGCGAGGAGUAUGUUGAGUGGAACGCCAAUUGCAAGGAGUUCUUCGCCGCCGAAACCAUCAAGGACCUGUUCGAUGAAGAAGUCAGCUUCCCAGUCAUCAAAGCCGAAGUCUGUGGCCAUACUCGCGAUUGUGUUCGAGGCGAGAAGUUGGGCAUCUGUCACCAUGAUGUCUUGCGAGUGUUAAGAGGCAGCGGCGUUCAUGUCGAGGGCGAGCAAUGGAUCGAGAGACUCAAGAGAGAGCGUCUCAGAUGGCACCCAGACAAGUUCGUUCGCAAGAUGGGCACGGAGUUCAAGGACGAGGCGAAGGAGAUGUUCCAGAUGGUUCAGGUUAUCCUUGAGAAGGCAGAGCAAUGA